UUCAGUUCUGUGCGUUACGGAGUAUAGCACAGAACGUAUGUCUAAACAUAACGCACCGCACAAAACAGUGCGGUUCGUUCAUGCGUGUGGUUGUCACGUGAGUGAUGGUCACUCAGGUGGACAUAGGCGGGAAUAUGCACGGGGUGUGCAUUGUUUGGUCAGUUCUACGCUAGACUUCGAUCAGUAAACUUGUAUGCGUCUACAAAUCACACGUCGUGUUCAACAAUGGAGACAAGCGAGUCGUCAAGCAUGAAGGGCUACAUAGAAGAGAGAAUAAAGGAUGUAGUGCAAUCCAACAACGACGCGUUAUUGAGCAGCAUUAGCGGCAUGAUAAAUAAGAUAAGUGGAAAAUCACAAUGUUCGUUUUUAGACGUUCCAAAGUUUAAACGAAAAAGUAAUGAAGAGCAGUACAAAAACAAUGCCAAAAUCUUGGAAAACAUUGAUAUUGCAAGCACAGCAAUUGAUUCAAACAACAUUCAAUCCGCAAAAGAAGCUCUAAUCGAAGCGGAAAAGGCUCUACGCCAGAGACAAAAACUCAUCUUGAUGGCAGACACGUCAGAGCUAGGCUGGCGUGUGGUAAAUGAGUAUACUACUAAUCCCAUCGCCAGUGACAGCGAGGAUGAAAAACGCAUCCAAAAGGCGGAGGCGCGCGCUAUCCGUAAAACGAAAUCUGACAAGGGGAAGAAGCCGCGUCGAAACUGGCCAUAUCGCCGUCCGGAAGGGUCGACUGUUCAUGGGGCGUCUGCGCAGACGGGUUUCGUUAGGUUUCGGACAGGCUUGUGCUUCAUGUGUGGUAAACCGGGCCACGAAAAACGGGAAAAACGAAUGUCCGCAGCCCGUUGCAACGAAUAA